AAAAGUGCAAAAAUUAUUGGCCCACCCUGUACUAAUAAGAAAUAGAUGGGAACAUAAUUUCAAGUAUAUAAAUUAAUAUUUUUAUAGUAUAACGACAUCUAGUUGUGUUGAAAGUUACUACUAUUUACUUUGUAUGUGUGUGUAAACAGUAAAGUCAAGCGGCUAAAUCUUUAUUUUGUAGUAAUCUUUGUAUGAGACCAGAUAACAAGAACAAUGGCUAUCUGAAAAAACCAAGUUAAUGCCCUAGCACUCAGUUGCACGAAAGUGUCCAUAAUGUGGACAUUAACUAAUGCACCUUUAAAGUUAAUGUUUUCAUUACGUUGAUUGUUGUUGCACGAAGCCACAUUAGCUUCGUAGCCUCCUUUCAUUAACUAAUCAGCAGUUUAACGGAAUCAUUAAAUAAAGAGUGAAUGAAGUGAAUGAUUACGUUCCGUUACAAGUAUAAAAUCAUAAUAUUCUUGAAAAACGAAACGUUUUAUGAAACAAAAUGACGUUUAUUGCAAAGUGACAAUGACAUUUCAAUUUGUUUUCAUUCGGAAUUCGGUGUUCGUGCGUUUGUUUUUGUUGAUUUAAUAUAAAUUAAAGAUAUGUCAGCCCAAAGAAAACGUGGUUGUAAUUACACAAAUGAAGAAACUGCAAAACUCCUGGAGCUUGUGGAACAGCAUCGCACUUCAAUAGAAGAUAAAAGGACGGGUGCCAUUUACCUACGCCAAAAACAAGAAGCGUGGGAUAAAAUUUGCCUUGCGUACAACGCUGUGGCAACAAGUGGUGUGCGUACUGUCGGACAACUUCGUGUUAUGUACGACAAUAAAAAACAAAAGGCCAGAAAAGCCCUUGCUUUACACAACAAAAAUGAAUAUAUUAAAAACAAUGUUGUGUUAUCGUCAUACAACAUUUCUGAGACAGAAUUUAAAGAUGCAAUCCAACAUGAAACAAACGAUAAGGGACAGUGUAGUAAAACUGAUGGUGGUAGUUGGUGCCCCUCAGUUACAGAAAGUAACCAGAAAAUUUUGGAACUCUUGAAAGAUCAGGUCACUCCAUUACACAAUGAGUUUGAUAGUGCUGCUACAUUUUUUGGAGACACAAUCAAUAUCAUGGGCAGUGAAGACCACACUCAAAAUGUUGUUAUUAUUGAUAACGGUGUGCUGUCAGGUAGACACGAAGCUGAUCUCUCAUCGAAAAUGAAUGCAACACCAAAAUGUGGAAAGACUCCAAAAAUAGUGAAAAGAAGACAAAAUGCAACUACACCUCACCGUCCCAAAAGAAAUGGACAAGUAAAUUAUAAAGUUCUCUACUUCAAAAGAAAGAGUUAAAAUGCAUAUUUGGAGAGAAGGCGCUUACAUCAAGAAAUCAGACUGCGACAAAAAGAACAUAGCUUGUUGUUGAAGGAACAUCAAAUAAGGCUUCGACAUAUGGAAGAAGAACACAAAAUGAAGAUGAAUAAAUAGCAACAUUUUUUA